AUGUCCUUCUCCAGCCAGCUCAGCUCCCGCUGCUCCGCGCCCUGCGCCGUCUCCUGCCCCCAGCCCUGCGCCGACACCUGGAACCAGCCCUGCGUCACCUCCUGCGGGGACUCGCGGGCCGUCAUCCACCCGCCGCCCGUGCUCAUCACCUUCCCGGGGCCCAUCCUCAGCUCCUGCCCCCAGGAGAGCAUCGUGGGCUCGGCGCUCCCGGCAGGAAUGGAGCGCCCCGGGGGCCUGCAGGGCUCCCUGCUCUAUGGGGGCUUCUUCUCCUCCUCCAGGGGCGCCUGGGGCCAGCGCUCCGGGGGCUGCGGGCCCUGCUGA